GGUGUGAAGUGUGCAUCUAGGUUCAGAUGGAUGCAUGGUCCUCACCAUCUCCCACUUCUAUAAGCCUUACACAUAUGGGAUGGUCUAUCGAACAGAAACCAAGUUCCAGUGGACAAGUGCGCGGUCGAAAGGGGCAGGAAGCCGUGGGCGACGGUGAUGGAGGCUGCUGCAGCUGCUAGCAGUGGAGGGCCCGCUACCUUAUCGAGGUAGAAAUGGGCCAGAGCAAGUACUGGGCAAAGGCGUAAGCAACAAUCGUGGGCUUCACUCGUGGACGGGAAGGUUUUGGUGCGCAGUCGAACAGCGAGGGGAGAGAGAUGGGGAAACUGGCGAAACGCUCACCAACUGCAGAUGCUGCUGGAGGGGCUGUUGCGGAUAAGAAACAGGAAAGGCGGAAGAAAAAACAGGUCGUGGAUGGUUCCUCCAGUCGACAGAAGGGCGUAGGAGAGGAGACGGACAGACGAGGUGUGAACACUGGUGAAGACAACGGUGUCACAGGUGGUGGUGUCAGAGAGACAGUUGUUGAAGUGAAGGUGAGGAAGCAACGCCGAGAAGCAGAUGGGGAUGAGUGUGUCGCUGCAAAGAAAAAGAAGAAGACGAAUGGAGGUGCAGAGGCAAUUGUCAAGAUGGGCGCAGGAGAGGAGACGGACAGACAAGGCGUGAACACUGGUGAAGACAAGGGUCUCACAGGUGGUGGUGUGAGAGAGACAGUCAGUGGAAUGAAGGUGCGGAAGCAACGCCGAGAAUCAGGUUGUGAUGAUAGUGUCGCUGCGAAGAAGAAGAAGAAGAAGAAGACGAUGGGAGGUGCGGAGACAAUUGUCAAGAUGGGCGCAGGAGAGGAGACAGACAAGCAAGAGGUGAAGAAGAAGAAGAAGAAGAAGGUGACGAGUGGUGCAGAGGCAAUAGUCGAGAAAGAGGUAGAUGCCAAUCAAGAAGGCAACCUGGCCCGGACGACGGCCCGAAAGAGGAGUCGAAAACAAGAAGCGGACGUGCAAGGCGAUGUUGACAAAUCGACGGCUGUCAAAGGUGGCCCUGCAACCAAGGAUGCAGAAGAGGCUAUGAAAAAAGAUGGCCCUGAGAGUGGGUUGCCAAAUGAUAAGGCUGGAGAAGAGGGCGAGACUGCAGCUGCCUCUGCACAGUCCGAUGGUGCAAUUGUGUUGGCAGAGCGGAAGGAUCGCAAACCUCGACCGACAGACUUCUUGCCGCUCGAUGUCGAAAGGGGUGACAGACAGGUGGCAAAGAAGAUGAAGAAGAAGAAGGGAAGACAGGAAGAUGGCGCUCUUAUCCCAGCUGACGGAAAGCCGCGAGUGAUCUUUCUUUCCCGUGUGCCGCAUGGGUUUUAUGAGCAGCAGAUGUUGCAGUUCUUUGGGCAGUUUGGCACUGUAACGCGGCUGAUACUGUCCCGGAACAAGAAGAGUGGUGCUUCGAGGCAUUACGCAUUCAUCGAAUUCCGGUCGCCGGAGGUUGCUGCCAUUGUGGCGGACUGCCUGCAUAAUUAUUUCAUUGACGGGAAGAUUCUGCAGUGCAAACUUGUUUCGCCAGAAAAGGUUCAUCCUAAGACAUUCUUUCGAGCCAACAGGGUGUUCAAGCCAUGGCUUGGUAAGAAGCGGCACAAGGCUGCACAUGACCGCGCACGGAAUCCGGAGGCGGCAGCAAAGCUCCUGGCCAGACUCAAGAAGUCUGACAAGAAGCGAAGGGAGAAGCUCAAGGCCGUGGGUAUCGAUUAUGUUUUCCAAGGAUAUGCAUCUCUUGUCCCACCGAAACCAAAACAUGUGAAGUUCUCAGAGGAUGAUGAGCCAAAGGCACAAGAGUCGUAGUCACAGGUGAAUCUUCCGGUCGAUGUUUUGGAUUGGACUUCGCUCACAUCGGGAAAUCCCCACGUGUUGUUAGGACGACACUCAUUUAUAGUGUGCAGGUGCCAGCAUGAAACGGGGCUCGUAUCCUGCAUCAAGUGGGCUCUUUGCCUUGGGCUUCCCUAAAGAAUGCAACUCUUUUGGCUUUGUAACGUGGAAAGACCUUCAUUAUUGCGCGUCUGUGUGUGAGUUUACGUUUUGUCCGUUAAGGGCGAUGGAAUGCUCUUGUGACCGUCACCCUUGGAACCCAGGGUCAACAGAGCGGGGUCUUUAGGUAGUGGACGCUCGAGGGUUUCCAGUUUCUCUUACUUGUGCUUGGGUUAGGCUCUUGGUUAGAUAUUCAGUUUUGCAAGCAGGCAAGCAAUGAGGUUCUGUCACUUAGGACUGUAAUACUGCUCAUCAGCUGGUGUGGAAUGCGAGUCGAAGCUCAUCGAGAGCGUGAGGCUUUGUUGACCCGACUCUCCUACUCUCCCCGUGCUACUAGACGCUUUCGUCCUUGGUUGGGUAGUGUUUUAUUGGCAUUGAGGAUGUUCGUCUAUAAUGCAGUUGACGUUGAAGACGGGUCGUGAGGUCCAGUAGAGAGGUGGGGCUUGUAUAUUUUGUCUGCUGUUUUCAGUCUGCUUUGCGCUUCAGUGUCUCUGCAGUUUGUGAAAUGGGGUUUCGCCAUUUGGUUUGCGGUUCAGCAUAUGCGCAGACAGGGCACGUCAUCUUGCGCAAGCGCAGAGAUGGAUUACCGUAAGCAGCAAGCGUGGAAGAACAUUGGGGAUCUAUGGGCGUGCGCUUUUUGCGUGCAGAGGCAGAGGUUGCCAAACAUUUUUGCAUGGCGAUGGUAAUGGGUGCGCAGAGGGUGGCUGACGAUUGUGGACACACGCUUCUGUGAUGUUUUUCAAGUCAUGUAUAGGUCAAGUACCUACGCUUUGAUAAAUCAAGCCUUAGCCUGGAGGCACGAAGAAGCCUGGUACUGGCCGUCUGUCCAGGUAAUGUUACAGUGAGAGCAGGAAGUCUGGUGAGUUCAAUUUCACCUGGCGGAUGCGUGCUUCUUCAUGAAGAGGGUAAGUGAGGAAAGCGGUAGAGGUGGGUGUGUUAAAGGGCAGGUGAUCUGAUGGAAUUUUGGCAUUCUAGUGCGUACUUUCCAGUAUGCUGUGUAUCUUAGUUGUGUGCAUUGACGGUUUACGGACUUGCCCCAGUGGAUAAUGUCUAGGCCUUUUGCUAGGAAAUCUGGUUGUCAGUCAGAUGACAUACACAGCCUUUCCUACUGCUGCGUUCAUCACAGCUGCGUUCUCUCUCUCUCUCUCUCUCUCUCUCUCUCUCUCUCUCUCUCUCUCUCUCUCUCUCUCCCCCGUUUGGCUGUGUUUCGCAGUCACACAGGGGUGUAGCAAAUUGGUAAUGACAAAGUACUGAUGCCCUGCCAUUUGCGAAAUUGCAGACUAGUGCAGUCAAUCAGCAAAAGUAGUCCAGGGAUACCUGCAGUUCUUCUGUGAGUUCACAGAUUCGGGGGGGAAACGAAAUGCCACCACCGCUAGAGGUGGUAGCAAAUGGCUCACCCCGGCAGGCCCUCGGGAAUUUCGCUAAUGGCAGGGCAUCGGGGCUUUGUCUUUUACAAUUUGCUACAGCCUUGUGUGACCGCGAAACACAGCAAAAUGGCAAAGACAGAGAGAGAGAGGGAGAGAGAGAGAUUUGGGCUGUGAUGAAAUGGGGUGGCUGGUGAGGUGAGACUUCAGAACUCUGGCAAAUUUGGCUGAUUUGCCAAGAAAAUGCCCCCUAGUCAGUGUGAGUGGACUCUGCCUAGGCCAAGUCCUGGGUGCUGCAAAUGCUGACUGGCCGGUUUGCAAGCAGCUGCAGCUCUCUGGCAGGGGAUGGAUGUCAGAACAAAUGAGCCGCUGCAUG